GCUUUGUUCUUCUGCCAUAAAUUUCCAAAAGCAAGUCAUGUGUUCUGUGCAGUAACUCGUAUUUUUUUGAGUUGUUUGACAGUGGCGGCAAUGAGUGAUGACCCAAUCCGAGAAUGGAUUCUCUCAGAAGGAAAAGCAACAGAAAUAACAAGAAUUAGUUCUGUAGGCGGCGGCUGCAUCAACCGUGCUAAUCGUUACGACACUGAUGCUGGUUCUUUCUUUGUAAAAACAAAUAGGAGUAUUGGACCAUCAAUGUUUGAGGGAGAAGCUCUUGGGUUGAAUGCCAUGUAUGAAACCAAAUCAAUCCGUGUACCAAAGCCAUUCAAGGUAGGGUCACUACCUACAGGUGGUUCGUACAUCAUCAUGGAAUUUAUUGAAUUUGGUGCGUCAAGAGGCGAUCAGUCUGUUCUCGGGACGAAACUAGCUGAAUUGCAUAAAGCUGGAAAAUCUGAAAAAGGCUUUGGUUUUGAUGUUGACAACACUAUUGGAAGCACUCCGCAGGUAAAUACUUGGACAUCAGAUUGGAUUCAGUUUUACGGGGAGCAUAGAUUGGGUUUUCAGUUGCAGCUAGCACGAGAUCAGUAUGGUGAUAGUAGCAUUUAUGAUAAAGGACAGAGGUUGGUGAAAAGUAUGGGACCACUCUUUGAUGACGUGAUAAUAGAGCCAUGCUUGUUGCAUGGAGAUUUAUGGAGCGGAAAUAUCAGCUCCGACAAAAAUGGGGAGCCUGUUAUAGUCGACCCUGCAUGUUAUUAUGGACAUAACGAGGCGGAGUUUGGAAUGUCAUGGUGUGCUGGCUUUGGAGGAUCAUUCUACAAUGCCUAUUUCGAGGUGAUGCCCAAGCAACCAGGGUUUGAGAAGAGAAGAGAUCUUUAUUUGCUGUACCAUUACUUGAAUCAUUACAAUCUUUUUGGUUCUGGCUAUUGUUCAUCUGCCAUGACUAUAAUAGAUGACUAUCUGCGGUUUUUAAAGGCCUAGGCAUUAUUUUGUCUGAUUGUUUGUUUCUUCUUUGUUUUUUUUUUUUUUUUUUCCUCCUAAAUUCUUUGCUCUGACAAGCUUCAAGUCUACGUAAUAUGCAUACAUGUUCCUACUUUUUGGAUGCUUGUUUACUUGAUGUCGUUUCCUUGACCAUCCGAAAUCGGUAACUUUUGUUUCUUUCAAGUGGAUUUGUAGUUAAAAACUCGCGCAGACGUGAAAUUCAAUACCAUGUCAAGUCUUCCUCUCUUUGUAUGCACUGGCGGCCUAAAAAACGCCCCGAAAGAUGUCUAUGCUAUAACUUUACUAAGAAGUAGAAAAAUAACAUAU